AUGAUUUGUCCUAAAUUAGCUGCGUGGAAUAUUAGAGGAUUUUCCUCCUCUAAUAAAGUGUCUUUCUGCAAAAACCUUGUACAGUCCUUACAUCUGGAUAUGAUUUGUAUUCUUGAGAAUAGAAUACUUCCUCAAAGUCUUUAUGACUUGAAUUUCUCUAAUUGUCAUCUGCUUUUUGACAUAGAAGCUAGUUGUCACAAUUUUCAUUGUGCUUCUUCAGGCCGUAUUUGGAUUAAGUGGUCUACUGAUAGGAUUUCUUUUAAUCCAUCUUUCUUCUCGUCUCAAAUGAUUGCCGGUAUGGUUUCCUUUGGGUCUUCUACUCCUUUUCUGCUUUCUGUUAUUUAUGCUUCUAACAGUCAGGUAGAGAGGAAAGUGCUUUGGGAGGAUAUUAGAGCUAUUUCUCCUGCUGGCAAUGUUCCCUGGAUCUUAAUGGGGGAUUUCAAUACCUGUUGUUUUUCUUCUGAAAAAUUAGGGGGUAAUCCUCUUAAUCAGAAUCUUCUCAAUGAUAUUAAUAGUGUUAUCUUUGACACUAAUCUUAAGAAUUUGGGAUCUAUUGGCCCCUCUUAUACUUGGUUUAACCAAAGGACUGAUUCUCCCAUUCACAUCAAGUUGGAUCGAAUGUUAAUUAAUGACCAAUGGGUUUCUCUUUAUCCUGAUUCAUUCUACUCCAUCCAUAGUCCAUCUGGUUCUGAUCACUGUCCUAUUGUUCUAAACUCCGGCACCUAUCAUACUAAGAAGCAUCAUUUCUUGUACAAGAACUAUUGGGGCAAAUGUGAGCAAUUCUGGGUUUUAUUGCUAAAUAUUUUUGCGAUUAAAGCUGUUGGUAAUCCACUGGUGGAUUUUGGUAAUAAGCUCAAACUACUGAAAGAGAGUAUCAAGGGGAAAAGGUGGGCAAAUGCCAAUGUUAUGUAUGAUCAUAUUCAAAAGCUUCAAGCCAAACAACUUGACUGUCUCAAUCUUCUUAGUGAUCAGAUCAAUUUUUGUGAUGCUUCUGUUGAGUUGAAAAAUGUUAAUAUCCAAUUAGAGACUGCCUCUUCUUUGUGGUUUUCUUGGGUUAAACAAAGAGCUAAAGCAAAAUGGUUAUCUCAAGGUGAAGAUGAUCUUAAGUUCCUAUACUCUAGGAUUCGUAUGAGGAGAAGUUAUAAACAAACUGCUAUAGCUUUAGCUAUGUCUACCCCUGAUACUUCGGUUUCUGAAGCCAUCAAAGGAUCCAUCUCUUACUUCCAAUCUCUGUUUAAUGCUCCCCAUCUGUUGGAUUUUGAAAUUGGUGAAUUUCCUCCUGGUCAUGUUAUUGAUCUGGAUUUUAGAGAAACUCUUAUUGCUCCCUUCUCUGAUUCUGAGAUUAAAAAAACUGUCUUCAAGGGCUCUUCCAAUAGUACUCCUGGGCCGGAUGGGUUCAACUUUGAUUUUUAUAAAUCUUCUUGGGUGCUUAUUGGGCAGUCUGUUUGUAAUGCUAUCAAAGGAUUCUAUAAUAAUGCUUUUAUUCCCCGCUCUAUUAAAGCAACUGCCAUCACUCUUAUUCUAAAAUCCAGUCAUGCUGAAUCUAUUGCUGACUUUCGGCCUAUUGCCCUCUGCAAUACCUCUUACAAAAUUAUUGCAAAAAUUUUGGCAGAGAGAAUGAAGCCUUUUAUGGCUAAAAUUAUCAAAGUUAACCAAGCUAGGUUUAUAAAGAAUAGGAUUUCCAUGGAUAAUGUCAUUCUUGCCAAUGAAAUUCUUCAAUUUUCCAAGAAAUCUUCUAAAAUCAAGCUCAUGUGUAUUAAAUACGAUAUUAAGAAGGCCUUUGAUACCCUCUGCAAUACCUCUUACAAAAUUAUUGCAAAAAUUUUGGCAUAG